AUGGCGAAGUGGGUCAUGUUUCUCAGCAAGUUUGAUAUUCAGUAUGUGGAUCAAAAAGCUAUCAAAGGGCAGGUCAUCAUCGAUCAGUUAGCAGAAAUACCAUUAGUUGAUGCAUAUCCGCACAUAACAAAAUUCCUUGAUGAAUAUGUAUGCACAAUCAGUGCACAACCUCCCUGGAAGUUAUUCUUUGAUGGUUCACGUACUCAAAAAGGAGCUAGGGCAGGAUUCCUAUUUGUAACACCCCAGGGAGAUCUAAUUCCAAAAUCUUUCAAGUUGACAUUUCUAUGCACUAAUAAUACUGCUGAGUAUGAAGCCUUAAUCACUGGAUUGAAGACAACUAUCCAAUGGAAUAUAAAAGAUCUUUUGGUUUAUGAAGAUUCACAACUUGUCAUCCGACAAACUAAUGAUGAAUACAAGACUAAAGAUGAUAAACUUCUACCUUACAAAAGGAUGGUUGAUGACCUUAAGAGUAAUUUUCAGAAAUUCAUCUUUGAUUAG